AUGGCUAUGAAACGCAUCGCUGGAAUCAUUGCGCUUGCGGAUGCAAACCCUUCCCUUAGGCGGACCAACAAGUACGACGAAGAGAUGGAGUACUGGGUCGACACCAGGACCCAUGGAACCAGGGGCACCAAUGAAGUUGAGGGCGUUCGGGACUCUACAUCUGCAAAGGGCAAGGUUGACAGCCUAGCGGACUCCAGCAAGCCUGAAGACUUGGACAAGGGCUGGAAUCAUGAGGAACAAGCACCAGGUGUUGAAGACGGUAAGGACAAAGUGAAGGACAGCCUUCAACGACAUAUGAACGAGGCCGUCACUUCGAGGGAUAAGCUGAACAAGUUCAUGGAGCGCUUGGAUGUUGCUGAUGCAUCGGUCUCUGCCUCUGCGAAGCAUGUGGCCACCGUUGCCAAGGCCUUUGCGACCGAGGCCAAUCCGUGCUUGGCUGAUAUGGCUAAAGCACCCUUGAAUGAUGCUGAGAAAACAUUGCAAAUUAUGCUUCGAAAGUGGGACCUUACUCUGAAUGUGCCGUGGACAUAUAUUGACCUGUGUGACACGUGCUCUGUGCCGAUGCUCCGACCAACGGAUUAUCUUGCUACUUUGGUGGAGAAGGGCUACCUGCACAAACUGCUAGGCUCCUCGCGACUUCGAGAAUUCUGGACUAACUACAAAAAGGAGGAGCCGAAUCAUGAAUUGUUCGAGCACGACUUCGUGGACUAUGACAACUUGGUCCCUCUUUAUAUCCAUGGAGACGGUGGGAGGACCUAUCGUCGUGACGAGUUGAUGGUGAUUGCUUUUCAGCCCAUUUUGGGCCUGGGGACCCGUCUAUCCCAUCCACAGAAGUUGACAACUGCGAAACUUGGAGUAAAUCUGAAGGGGCACUCCUUUACAACGAGGUUCUUGGUUGGGGUCAUGCCGAAAAGCGUAUAUAAAGACAAUCCUGAAAGAGUCGACAACUUCCUCACAGCGACAAUGAAGGACUUCGAGCAACUUUAUUUUCGAGGCAUGGAUAUUGGAAACGGUCGUGUGCUGCGCUUUAUCCCUUUGGGGCUCAAAGGGGACCUCCCCUUCUUAUCGAAGAGUGGUCACCUGACCCGCACCUUCCUACACAUUCGCAAGGGGCCUGAGGGCCCCAAGUCGAAACCACUCAAGGGCUGCUGUUGGCUUUGUCUUGCUGGUUCUGCACAGUUUGACUUUGAGAAUUUGGGCUACAAUCCGGAAUGGCUUUCAACAACUGGCCCAAAGAAUCCGCCGCCAUGGGAUGCUGUACCGGCUUUCUUUGACCAUGUGCCACAUGUGGUGUUGCUUCACAUAUACCAUCUUGGUGUGGGCCGCGAUUUUGGGGGGACUUGA